CACACAUCCUGUCUGUUCGCCAAAAUCGUGCAGCCAUUCCUUACUGGCGUGCAUGUUUGCCUUAGCGCUUCCAUUAUCCUGGGUGCGCCACGCCGCACAGGACAGGACGUUCAAGACGUCUCCCGUGACUCGCGGACUCCUCGUCAGACGGUGUAGGCAGCACUUGUGAGGAGUGGAAUCCUUCCACCAUUCGCUCGCUGCACGUAUCUGCCGAAGUCGUGGAAGCGCAAAGAGUGGAGAUCCCGUUGUCCCUCUUAACGCAACGGCACACCGAACCAACACAUACCUCCUAGCGUAGCGUGGCAGACGCAGACAUUGCCCUGGCCUGGCUGCAGCGGCUGUAAUCUUCACGGGCUGGCCUGCAUUGUAAAGCUAUCAACCUUCUCGACUGGGCCCGAGUCACUGGACCGACACCGCAAUCUCAAACAGUGUGUCACUACUGCAAUAAUAAUCAUAAUCAUGCCUCCGGAUUCGCCCCAGCACUACGGCUACAUCCUCUCCUCUUCGAGAGCCAUAGGCGAUGCCGUUCCAGCAUUCGACCCUUAUGCGUUGGCCCGCCCAAAUAAUGCAACCUUUGCGUCGGGAACCCCACAGCCACCUGGAUCGAAUCGGACGACACAGAGGCUGCCCAAAACAAAGCCUGACACCAGGACACUCACCAAAUCCAUCUCUUCGCCCCAUCUUCGAGGUCCCAUUAUGUCAGAGUCUGAACUCGACAAGAAGCGGAAUAAGCUUGGCUAUCAGAGAAUAUCCAUCGCCUGCGCUCACUGCCGUCGUCGUAAGAUCAGAUGUCUCUUAGCUGCAGACGACCCUGAGCAAAGAUGCCAGAACUGCAUUCGACUGAAAAAGGAAUGUGUCUUUUACCCUGUUGACCAGCAGGCUAUGCUCGAUGCGCGAUCGGAGGCAUCGGGAAAGCCAGGGGUGCCAUCAGCACCGUCUUCAGCAGUAUCAACGUCGCCGCUACAGUCUGGUAGGCGGGGCUUUGAGCACGCCUUUACAGGUAGUUAUGGAGAUCCUGCAAUGCCGCCCAUUUCGGCAGCAUAUCAAAACAUGCCCAUAAUGCCUCGGGCAGACCAGCGAGUGCCAGGUAGCUACUCGCCGCAAGACCAUUCUUUCCAAGCCCCUGGCCAGCCCGCACCACCAUGGGCAACGGCAGACUUUGCAGAACAACACAGCCGAAAGACACCGAUAUCACGUACUCCCAGUGCUCAGCCUCCCUUUACGCGAUACGCUGAAGCUCCAGCUGCGGACGUGGCGCCUUUUCCGGGACCAGAGUCACCGGCGCACCCAUCACCAAGCGUGCCACAAGUGCCGUGUGGAUAUAACAUGGAGCAGAUGCAGCAGCAACCUCACGGCUGGCAAUCGCAGAGUCAGGUUACCCGAGCAGUAUCGUAUUCCGAUUAUCCGCAAAGCUAUAAUGCGCGUUACCAGCAAGCACCACCACCACCACCACCACCACAACCACUACCAAGCUCUUAUC